GAGGCAUUGUCGGGAAAAUUAGUCUGUGACUGCCUCUCCACGAGCCGUUCACCUCCGCAAACGGCAAGGGCGGGGGCGCCCAGCCGAUGGCAGAGAAGAAGAUCAAGAAUCUGCGGAAAAAGCUGGGCCAGAUUGAACAGCUGGAGAAGGACGAGAGGGAAGGAAAGAAACUGAACGAUGAGCAGAAAGAGAAGCUGCUUGGGCGGCAGAAGCUAGAGGAGGAGAUUAAGGCGCUGGAGGCCGGCGAGGUCUCGAUUGAGCCAGCACCAGCUGCCACGCAAAGCCCGGCAGAUGAAUGCGGGCAAGAGGAUGUAGGUGCAAAGGCGGCAGAGGCCGAGGCGCCGCCGGCGCCAGGCGACCCGAAGCCUGCGGAGGCGGCAGGCAUGAGAAAAGCCCAGUCGAGCAAGGGCAAGGGCCUGGAGAAGAAGCUACGAGAGAUUGCACAGCUGGAAGACAAACGCAGCAAGGGAGAGCAGAUGGACAAGAAGCAAAUCGAGAAGAUUGACAAGAAACGCGAGCUCGAGGAGCAGCUUUUGGCCGCGCUGGCCGAAGAAGCUGAGGAGGAAGCAGACGGAGGUGGAGGCAGCGGAGAUCUAAUCUCUGCGACUCACAUGGAGGACGGCAUCCGCGGCACCAAAGACAGCAGCAUCCAGCGGAGACGCGCCAAGUACUUCGGGACAGACGCGUUCAAAGAAUGGCGCCAGGAUUUUGUGGGCACCUUCUUGGUGCAGCCGCCGGAGGACUUGGCCCAGGCCGCCGAGCGCAGGAAAUUCGAGAUCAUCCAGCCGUUCGAAUAUUUCAUGUGGACAAGUAUGCCUUCCACAUUCGAGUAUUUGAAGCAGAAGGUGGCUGACGCAACGGGUGUCAAGACAGGGGACUUUCACUUCGAGUCCAUGAAAGGGCAAAAGCUUCCCCAUGACGGGAAUUGCAUCGAGUGGUACCAGAAGCUGUGCGCGGAGCCGGUGAAGUGCGACAAGUUUCGGGAGAAGAAGGUGAUCCCGAUCAAAGUCGUGGCAUCAACGAGGUGAUGGCCCACUCUGUGCAGUUUCACUUUUAGAGUCGGAGUGCGUCUCCUGGAACCUAGUUGUUUGAGCGGCUAUCCUGUGCUGAGAGACCAAGACACAGCAAUCGAUUUUGGCGGGUGUGGCAUCUUCAGCAAUGAGGCUCGGCUGCGCACGCACUCGUGCAGUCUGGACAGUGAUGGCUACAAACAAAU